CAUGUUCUACCGACUCAGUAUAAAAACACACCUCAAGCAAUCAACAGUAUUGCUUAAAAAUAUCAACACAUAAAAAUUCAAAAUAGUUUUAAAUAUGGCUUUGGAGCAAAUUAGUGGCAUGAACAAGUGGCCGUUUAUGAAGAGCCGCGGAGCCCUAGUCCUGGAAAAGGCUCGCGAUGAGAUCAAAAGAGCUUCGUGCAACAUGGCAAACCCCCUCACCCUGAUGGCUCCACCUUUCGACAGACCCGAGGAGACACUCAAGCAUUUGGCGGCCAUCGGCAAGGUGGACAUGGACUUCCAUCAUGGCACCACCACUCUAGCAUUCAUCUACCAAGGCGGCAUCGUGAUGUGCGUGGACUCACGGGCCACGGCCGGGGGCUACAUUGGAUCACAUGGCAUGAAGAAGGUGGUGCCGAUAAGUGACUACAUGCUGAGCACCAUAGCCGGGGGAGCAGCGGACUGCACCUACUGGGAUCGUGUCCUCACCCGCGAGGUCCGCCUCUACGAGCUGCGGCACAAGCAGCGGAUGUCAGUGAGGUCGGCCGCAAGAUUUUUGGGGAACAUCGGCUACCAGUACCGGGGAAUGGGCCUUUCUAUGAACAUUAUUUUGGCAGGUUGGACGGAUGAUGGCCCCAGCCUGGCUUACGUGGACUCCAAUGGGCUGAGCGUAGUAGGGAAGCUCUUCGCCGCGGGCAGUGGCAGCAAGUGUGCUCUGGGGCUCCUGGACUCCGAGCAUAGAUACGAGAUGAGCGACGAGGAAGCCUACGAUCUGGCCUUUCGCGCGAUCUAUCACUCCUCGUCGCGGGACUCGUACACCGGCGGCGUGGUAAACUGCUACCACUUGAAUAAGAAAAAAUGGAAGCUUGUGGCCUCGAAAGACAGCGAGGAGCUACGCGAAGCCUUGGGCAGUCCUUCAAAUACUGGUACUGAUACUACUGAUACUAUUUAUAAUUUUGGUAAACGCUAUGCGGGCAUGGAUGAUGACGAGCAGGUAUCUCCUAGGCCGAAAAGGAGGCGGACUGAUUGA